UUUUCCAAUAUCUCAAACGUGGUUUUCCUGUGUCCUGAUGGACAAAUAUAUAGGUAAGUUAGACACCUGUCCGCAUUACCAGUAACUGUUUUGAACAGCAUCCUUUGGGUAAUUUGUGCCAUCGUUAGAGAAAGUUAAGAAACGAUGAAGCUGCUUGUUUGUUGUCUUCUAGCCGUCACCUGUUGUGUUUUGGUGGAUGCAGUCAAGGAUGAGAGAUCACUGAAGCUGACUGAAGUACUAAAGGAAUUAAAAGCGCUAAACAAAAGUGUGGAGGUAGGUCAACCUGCAAUUUAUUUAACACUUUCUCAAAGCUUACGCGUUAUAAGCGCUUAUGUAUUUGAUGGACUCGUGCAAGAAACCAUGAGCUUUUAUGAAUGAUUAUAGCAUGUUUUAUUAUGCACUAUACUGUGUGAUGCAAUGCAUCUAUUGCCUUUUUACAUUUAUAAAGGCUGUAUAUGGCUCAGAAAUUAUUACCAUAAUGGUAAUACUACAUUUCUGAGGCUGAUAUGUAUACAAUGCAACCUCAGUCCCAAUAUUAUUUUGUUGUUGUCUUGCAGCACAACAGCGUGAUGUUGAACACUCCUUCACUGGAUAUGGAGGUAAGUGAUUUUAAAGGGAAAAUCUACUAUAGCUCAUUUACUUUACAGACAUAUGGAGCUCAUGCUAACGUCAUUGUCAAACACUCACAAACAAGGAAUGACCUCUGUUAUUGUCAAUGCUAUUAUUCAUGCUCUCCCACCUACUGCAUGUCGCAUAAUGUAGCACGCUAGUACUAGAGCAGGCAAUUGUGGUCUUGUGAGGUCAGGAAAUAAAGGUCUGAUACAUUAUGGUAAAAAUUACAUAAUCAACAAUACUGUAAAGCAAUAAACAGUACAAUUACAUUUGUAAUACAUUUGCAUAAAUUGUGUAUAGUUAAUUGACUAUAUCACCAAUAAUUAGUAAAUACUUAGUUUAAUAGUCUAAUUUUAUGUAAUUCAUUUAGUAAUCCUUUAGUCAUUAUAACAUGAUGUGGAAACACUGGAAAGGUACACAGUACUACUAAUUUUUAUGGAAAAUUAUUUUGUUAAACUAAAAAACAUUUCAGCUAAAUUACUAGCAUGAAUACGGUCAAUUGGUUUUACAAUAUGUGAAUUACUUUAAACUAAACCAAAUAAACUAACUGAAAGUAUUAACGGACAAUCUACUAAAUAAAAAAUGUGUUGGUUUUAUCUUAAUAAAAAAAAAAAAAAAAAAAAAAAAAAGGUGGAAUACAUUUACAGCGUUAACAUAUGAUUAGAGUCCCAUACUCAGAAUCACAAACUCUUUCAUUAAAAAAAAAACACAACGGAUGCAACUAAAGAAAACAUCCACUUGAUAAUAGAGAAUGAUUUUUCUUUCAGCUAUUUAUCAGUUGCACUAACAGUCAAUCCAGUUUGGCAUGUGUUAUUGUCAGAGUUCUGUGCAUGAAUGAGUCAAUGUGAAAGUGAGCUCCAUGUCAUGAAUGAGUCAAUGUGAAAGUGAGCUCCAUGUCUCUUGUGCACAUUUAGGAGAACUGUAAUGAGUAAUCACACUACCAUGACUCUGUGGCUUAUCCCCGAGAGACAAACUGUGCUACUGUGCUGUUAAAGAUUCCUUAUUAAUAAGAAUUCCUUGUGGUUUUACAAAAUGUUUGACUAUAUCUUAAAGUUAGCUGAACAUAGUUGUCCUAAACUGGACCAAAUAUUUCAUUAGUAUACCAUGGAACCAGUCUGUUACCAAUGUUUCAUGGGUGAACAUUCGAUCAAAGGUUGCCAUGUUAUCGUUUUGACACUAAAUAUAAAGUUGUGUCUGAACACUCUUAGAUAAAAAGGUGCUUUCUAGAACCUAAACGGGAUCUUCGGCUGUCCACAUAGGAAAACCAUUUUUGGUUGCAGGUAGAACCCUUUUGGGUUCCACGUAGAACCCUUUCCACAGAGGGUUCUACCUGAAACCAAAAAGGGUUCUACCUCGAACCAAAAAGGGCUCUCCUAUGGGGACAGCCGAAUAACCCUUUUUUCGAAGAGUGUAGCCGUCUAACAGUUAUCGUUUGAGAACUCAAAAGUUUGAGGCCCGCCGCAUGGGGAAAAUAACAUUGCCUAAUGGUUGAGACAAAUGAAAGCCUCAACAUGGAAAAUGUGUUGUCAUGUCAGCAAAGAUAGUUAUUUUCUAUUCUGUGAAACGCCCAGUCAAAGUGGAGAAACUGGAAACAGGCAGCAAGUUAAAACGGUGAAAACAUCUCUCUACUGAAUCUCAGUGAAGCGGGGAAAGAUAUUUUUAUGUAUUGGAUACGUUGGUGGAAACAUGAUCAUUUCUUUGUCGGGGUGUGGAUGUGAUGUGCCAUGGUAGACGGGAAAGUCUUACCCUGAUAAGCAGAAUAUGACCUUUGUGUGUCAAGGUUUUGUAGCAAAUGAUUACACAAUCAAUAUAUAUUGUAAGAAAAGUUACGACUUAUUACAACUAAACUAUGUCUCUGAGAGGAGCAACAUACUUGAGAGCGGGUCAUGUUAUGAAAUAUAGGCAUUAGGUGAAUGUGGCUCAAUAGAAUACAUUUGGCUGGCAUGAACUGGACAUUUUGUAUGUAUUCUGGUAGAAGUUCAGGUUAAUUAAAUGUAGCAGUGUGAUAAAUGGCUGAUUUAUCUUGAUAAUUGUAUGUGGCUUAAUUAAGCAAUAAGGCCCGAGGAGGUGUGGUAUAUGGCCAAUAUACCACGGCUAAGGGCUGGCAUGAAGCAAACGCGACUAGGUCCCGUCCAUAUAUUUAGAACAAAAAGACAACAACAUGGUCUUGUCUCUGGCAACCGAACCGAUAGAACGAAUGACCAGCCGGCUUGGGUAGCAACCCUAGAUUUGUGUCGGGACUAUAUCUUGUGAAAGGAUGACAUAGUUUUGAAUAAAUUCAUCAAAAUAGCAUUAAUUAAAAUAUGUAAAUCAUUAUUUGAAUAUGUUGGUAACCCAUUGUAUAAAAGUGAUAAUGCCCUCGAAUCCGGUGUUUGGAGGAUAUAUUUGCACGGUUUGCUGACCCGAGACGAAACACCAGUGCCAAUAUAUCCUCUAAACACCGCUUCGAGGGUAUUUUAACUUAAAUACAGCAGUGCCCUCCUGUGGUUCCUAUUCCACAUUACAACGUUUACAUGCAAGUGUAACAGAGUAUCAAAAUACAUUCAAAUGAUUUCCCUAAACUAGUUUAAUUAGUGGAGAAUAACCAGUCUUGUUCCAUUCCAUAAUUUAUUGUGUCAUUUUGCUUUUUACAGGAGUGCUGUUCCCUAUAUGCCUUGGAGUGCUUCCGGGCGAUGGUACCUCAUCUCACGGCCAGAAACAAGCAACUUCAGCAUAAAUUUGCCAAAAGCCUCAGGAACCCACUGAUUGUGAGUCACUUAAGAAAAUAUCAAUAAUGUAUAUCUAUAGAAAAAUGUACAUAGCAAGACUGUGUGGCAAAAUAUUAACAUGUUGCUUUGUUCGGUUUUUAGUCGACAAGUCUGGACUCCUGCAGUCUAGAGGAGAGAGAGGUGAGCCUUGGGCUAUUUUCAGUCCAAAUCCAAGAGUAACUUCAAAUGAGUAUUUUCUCCAGAAAAUAAGUUAAAUUGUGAGAGCCAACUAAGUUAAAAUUUUCUGUGUUCCUUUAUUCCCUCAGAAAACAGUCUGCCAAGGAUGUGAUUCCUAUCCAAAGGACAGCCAGAAAUGGGUACAACAGUUGGAAUCUCUACUUCAA